AUGGGUACCUUGCUGCACUACCUCAUCACCGGCACGGGCUGCGAUUUGAUCAUAAUCUGUCGCGGAGAAUUCUUUCUUGUGCACAAAUCAGUCAUUGCCGCUCACUCACCGGUGCUGGAAAGAGAUGCGUGCAAGUCAACGUUUCUCGAUGGCGAGGCGUACAUCCUGGACGCAGUCUCUCCUGAUGUCUUCCGCAAAGUCCUCACUUUCAUGUACCGGGACGACAUUCCGGAAUCUUUCCAGAGCACACUAGCUGCCUCGACUCAAUUUCCCCUCGGCGAAAAGUUCCCAUCAACCGACGCCUUCCUGGUCACCAUACGGGGCAAGCCUGUCACGGUCAACCUCUUGGGUGGCUCGACCAAGACUAUGGACACCAUCACUAAUGCAGACAAAUGGGCCAUCUUGAUGGCAAAGCAAGCCUUGAUCAAGGAUACAUAUGAUGUCUGUCCAUCAACUAGAAAUUGGACCCCUAAAGGACAUCUCCGUGCAAAGAUUAUCACCUGGUUUGAAAAGGAACUGCGUACGGGUUGCCCAUUGUCUGAAGACUUCCAUGUCUGGGCUGGUUACAUUCUCAGAGCCUAUGACGACUUCAUACAACCCUUCUUCAGGAUCUGUGCACUGCACAUUCCUGUCGUGGAGAAAGACACGUCCCUGGUAACUUUGCUUAGGCAAUGCAAUUCUAGCCUCUGGGAGGGCAUGCUGUCCGUCCGUGCACAGUGGCAAAAGGACCUUGUGAACAAACGAGAGGAAUUACAAAAGACCAGGGACCAGUGUUUGGUCCUAAAGGUAGACGCAGAAAAGCAGAAAGCUGCGUCCAGAGAUCAAGAGAAGCUGCAUAAAUCGAAAAUGGAAGAGCUGCAGAAGUCACUGGCACUGGCCGAUGGAAGGACUCGAGCUGCACAAGCGAUGGCUCAACGGCUCGACAAGCUCACAUGUUCUUUACAACAGGACCUGUUGAAGGAGAAGGCUAGUGGGGUCCAGUUGAAGGAGACCAACACCAAGAAAGAGAACCAGCCCGCCAAAAGCGACCCCGUUACUUCGAAACUUCGGAAGCAAAUUGGAGACUUGAACAAAAUGGUCAAGAACAAGGAACAGGCCCUCAAAGAAUCCAAAGCUACCAAUAACAAGGUCAAGGCGGCCCUGCGUAGCGAGAAGGAGGCGCUGCGUAUUGAGUAUGCCAAAGUCAAAGAUGCAUUCACGGGGUUUAAGAGAUGGAUCAAUGACACGCCAAAGUGUCCAAGCUGCCAGAGAGAGCACAACAUCCGGAUCGAGCACCAGCGCUAUACUUCGAUUGGCGUUGCAUGCGCGCAUUGCCCAUUUCGUACGAUGUGGUACGGAGCGGACACCGACGAUGGGAAGGCGUGA